GCUGUAGAACUAAGUCUUGGCUUAAGGCGGGCGGAAGUCCAGCAGGCGGAAGUAGAAGUUGACGUUACUGUGGCAUAGCAGAUAGAAGGAUGCUUCCAUUAUCCUUGCUGAAAACGGCACAGAACCACCCAAUGCUGGUGGAACUCAAAAAUGGUGAAACUUACAACGGCCACUUGGUUAGCUGUGAUAACUGGAUGAACAUCAAUCUUCGAGAAGUUAUCUGUACCUCAAGGGAUGGAGAUAAAUUCUGGAGGAUGCCUGAAUGUUACAUCCGUGGCAGCACCAUCAAAUACCUGCGAAUUCCUGAUGAGAUCAUAGAUAUGGUGAAAGAAGAGGUGGUCUCCAAAGGCAGGGGCCGUGGUGGGAUGCAGCAACAGAAGCAGCAGAAAGGCCGCGGCAUUGGUGGCCCUGGGCGAGGAGUGUUCGGAGGUCGUGGCCGAGGGGGAAUCCCAGGGAGUGGCCGAGGUCAGCAAGAAAAGAAGCCAGGGAGACAAGCGGCAAAGCAAUGAGAAGCUGAACUGUGGCCGGGGAGUGCUCUGCGCCCAGAUGCUGUGUCAUUGGGACAUACUAGUUUGCUGUCUCCCCUUAACAAAACAAAAGUUGUACUUUUUUAAAAAAUGUGAAUAACUGGGAUAUUGGACAUCUUAUGAGGGUUUACACGUGUUUUACCAUUCAGACAUGUAGUUUAGCUUCUGUUUGAGUGGGCACCGAUGGAGAGGGCUCAACGGACUCCCCUCUUCUUGGAAUUACUAAAUGACUAGCUUAGCCAAGUUCACAUUUUUUGAAAUUGGAGAGAUAAUGUGCAGUUUUUGUGUGUGAGCAGUUUCAUUCUAAUUGAUAAAACCAUGAAAUGCAU